CUUGUUGAGCACGGGCGACACAUUGGUUAACAACAGCCUGUGGAAGAAGAAAUUAUGACUGAACCGUUUUUGCAAGGAUAAGACCUGUUUUUUAGUAGAAAACCCUAGAAUUGACACCGAAAGGUGGAUUGGAGAGGCAAACAACCGUUAAACACCGAACUCUAAAGCGUCCUGAGAAAUUGAUUGUGUAGGAGCUUCGCCUUGAACGCCGCCGAAGGCUCUAUCAUCAAUCUCUCCAGGCGUUUGGCACCAAUAAAUCUGGCAGCUAUAGGACAGUUACACGAAACAAACGGCUUGGGUUACUUAGACAACAUUUUAUGAGCGGUGAGCACUUAUAUCACUGUAGCAUAUGGAUAUGGUGUGGACGGAUAGGGGCUGUGAAAACUGAUGGGACUUGGUCCAAAAGUGCAACUGUUUGAUUGCGCCGGAUGGAACUGGGGCAGUGAAUGUUCCCAGUAAACUACGCAUGGACUUGUCAACAGAAAGACGAUCAACCAACGCAUCCUUUUGUUGUGGUAGAAUUUUUUUUCCACAUUGUAGCUUAUUGCAACAAUAAAAAAACAACCAUCAUUUAUGAGAAUUCAGGCGUGGUAUUUAAACUGGAUCCCAGUUCGUCUAAUUAGGGGAUCCUAUCGACUACGGAUUUGAUUCAUCGCUUUCAAAGACAACCCACUGCUCCCCUGAAAGGGACAAGAUGCCGUUCCACCAUGUGACGGCAGGGCUGCUGUACAAGGGGAACUAUCUGAGUCACUCUCUGUCUGAGGACAACGACUGUGACCAGCUGGCUAGCAUCUCUGAGGAGGAGCUAAACGAGAUCCGGGAGGCAUUCAGGGUGUUGGACCGGGAUGGGAACGGGUUCAUCUCCAAGCAGGAGCUGGGCAUGGCCAUGAGGUCUCUGGGAUACAUGCCCAGUGAGGUGGAGCUGGCCAUCAUCAUGCAGAGACUAGACAUGGAUGGAGACGGGCAGGUAGACUUCGAUGAGUUCAUGACGAUCCUGGGACCCAAGCUCCUGUCUUCUGAAACCAGGGAGGGCUUCCUGGGGAGCACAAUAGACAGUAUAUUCUGGCAGUUUGACAUGCAGCGCAUCACCCUUGAGGAGCUGAAACACAUCCUGUUCCAUGCCUUCAGAGACCAUCUGACCAUGAAGGACAUCGAGAACAUCAUCAUCAACGAGGAGGAGAGCCUCAACGAGAACUCGGGACACUGUCAGGCAGACUUUGAAGGAAUCCAUUCUAAAAAUAAGAACCGGCAGACGUGUGUGAGGAAGAGUCUGAUCUGCGCCUUUGCCAUGGCCUUCAUCAUCAGCGUCAUGCUCAUCGCGGCCAAUCAGAUGCUGCGGAACGGCCUGGAGUAGCCACACCCAGCCACGCCCACUGUGAGCGGGAAAAACUAACCUGCAUGUGCAUGAUGAAAGUGGGUGAGGUCAUUUCCUGUUUCUUUAGAAAGAAAAAAAAAACGACUUCAAAAUGCCUCACUGAUGGUGACAAAAAAAACAGAAAACACUGAAUGAUAAACCAUCAGAUUUUUCUGAGUGGAUGACAGUCUGACGUCCACCGACACUGAGAAGCCAGCAUGAGGAGUCCAGCGAGACCCCUCAUAACCCCAUUACUCUGGCAGGGACAUUCAAGGGCUGACUUUCGCUUACUCUGCUGUCUCUGUUCCCUAAUGCAAUAAAGACACAAGUACAGGAGUUCAGUACUCUUCCUCUCUUCCCUACCCAAGAGUCUUCAUAUGAAGGUACCUUGGAAUUCAAUUUGAACUUCUUGCCUCAGAAGGCAGAAUCAUGGUGGAUUGAGACAUGCCCUUAGUGUAUUUGUACAAGGCAGCAUCCUUGUGGAUUGAGACAUACCCUCAAUUGGAUCUGUGUGAGAGAGAAUGGAGCUGUGCCUCCUGCAGUGCAGAGAGCCUGAUUAGUUACAGGGCACACCGCUGCAGUCUGGCUACGCACAUACACUCUUACGCACGCAUCUACGCAUGUACUUCCACACACACAAACACACACACACACACAAUAAUUGGCCUGUUAUUCUAGUUUCCUGAGGGCGGGUGGAAGCCAGCUCACCGCUGGAGCAUACAGUAAAGCUCUGGAUGCGACAGGCAUGAUGGUGCCGUCUGCUGUAAGGCUGUUGUUUAAGCUCUUCUAGAAGCUUUCAUCCAGAGUUCCGGAGUGAAAUCAGUGGGUAUUCCUGUGCCCAAAUUCCUCACUGUUACUGUAUCUGUGUACAUUCCCAGUGCUAAACAGAACAGUGUUUGAAAGACCAUAGCUGUGAAAAGUCUGGGCUGUACUGUACCUAUGAUCUAAUUCCUCUUGCGGUAGGUAUGCCUGAACUCCUGUAUUGUAUUGACUCUCAUGGUAAUAUAUAAACCACCUACAGUUUUGCUGAAGACUGCUUGUAAUAGCUACAGUACUGCAUGUGAUCAAGUCUACGUCGAUAUGUAAAUAUGUAUGUAACCCAUGUUGUUGUUGUCUACGUGUAUAGGGUGACAGUGUUCUACUCUGUAUGUGCAUGAUUGUUGGUACACUCUACUCCUGCAGAUUUAGAGGUGGAGGGAAGGAGAGAGCACUGUGAAACCAGAGGCUGCUGCCUUCCAAAUCACAAUACACAGGCAGGCAGGCAGGCAGAUAGACAGACAGACACAAAGCUCUCUAUGUUCCCCUCACCCUCUGGCCAAAGCCAUAGAACUCAAUAGAGAUGUACUGACUGAAGAACACUAAAUGGUUGUUGUUGUUUUCUGUUACAAAUGUGUAUUUUCAGUAGGAACAGUCCAUCCUUUGUGCAUGUUGUUGGGUUCCUUCACCCACCCUUUUGCGCUGUACAAUCAUUUCCACCUAUCCCCAUGAGCAGAACGGAGAGUAGAAUCACAGACUGGUGUAAGAGCCCCAUCUAGAGGUUGGCUCAAAAAUUCAGAUAUUUUUUGUAACACAGUGUGCUCCCCUAGCUCUGGUCCAAAUGCAGCCUGCAAACAUUGGUAAAAACAGUGUGCAGGUGAGGUUGGAAGGCCAAAAGGGCUUAUAUGAAAACCACACCACAAAUAUAAGUACAAAAAUAUAAGUUUGUUCAAUCAGUUAAACAAAGCAUAUUCAUUAUGACUGUACAUGAUCAACUCAGUAUACAAGAAAAUCCAUGUUUGAUUGUGUGUGUGUGUGUGUGUGUGUGUGUGUGUGUGUGUGUGUGUGUGUGUGUGUGUGAGAGAGAGAGAGAAAGAAAGAGAGUGAGUGAGGCUACUUAGAGGGGAUUAUUGGAUAGUUUGGUUCAUCAGGCUGACCCCCAGUCUUCGCUUGAAGUUGAUGAGGUUUUGGCAAUGUGAAGAUAAGAAUUCCAGAGUAUAGUACAUCUGUAUCUGAUAGAGAAUUUACUAUGUGGGGAGGGUGGAUUAUUAUUAUUGUAGUGGCUUGUGUUAAAUAGAUGGAUUUCAGAAUUACCUGGAAGAAUCCAUUGAAGGGUUUAGGUAAACUUUCUGGGAGGUAUGAGUAUUUGAAGAUGAAAGUGCAUAAUUGGCGUACAUUAAUGUCGUAAAUAGACAAGAUAUUGAGUUUCUUAAACAAAGGUGCAGAUGGAGUCAGAUAAUUAGAGGAUGUGGCUAGUCUUGCAAAAUCUAUUUGUAUGAUGAGUCAUUUGUGUAGGUAGGAGGCAUCAGGUGCAUUCGGAAAGUAUUCAGACCCUUUGACUUUUUUCACAUUUUGUUACGUUACAGACUUAUUCUAAAAU